AUGCUGCAGGACUGGCACAGCAUCGUGGUUCCUGCAUUUCAAAGGUUGGAAAUUUCCUUGGGAGUUUGCAGCAGAAGGACCUUGGGUUGGCAGGGCAGCCCAGCACCGCUGGAAAAGAAGGCAGGCUCCCUGCGCUUGGGGAAGCCAGGCGAUGACCGGACAGCUCUGCAGUGCAGUCUCCCCCGUGAACUGGAGGAGGAGAAAGAGAAGGACCUGCUGCCAGAUGAAAAGUAUUUUUUAUCCUGUGAUCAUCCUGAUUCAUCUGAAUCAACAGAACCUCUUACAACCUCUCUUCCAUCAGAUGAGACCAAAGUCAGCUCUGCUCUGGAUAGAGCCAAGCCAUGUCCGGAUGCUCGCCUUGAAGUGAAGAACCCUCCCAAGCUCGAGGGUGGUGAGCUCGAAGGCUCAGCUGUUCAAAAGCCUGGGUGUGAGGUGCCUGUCCCCAUGGAUGCCACCAGCGUCCUGACUGAGAAGAUUAUCAAGAUACAGCGACUCUUGAGCAAACAGAGAAUGGCAUGCAGAGUCCCUGGCCUUCAAGCUUCGGAAAACCAUGAAAAUAAAGAUGACAAAGGUCAGGAUUCACUGACUUCCAGCAUUCUCAACAGGGAACUGCUGGAGGAGAAGGAGAAUGACCUGCCAGAUGAAAAGUAUUUUUCAUCCUGUGGUCAUCCUGAUUCAUCUGAAUCAACAGUACCUCUUGGAACCUCUCUUCUCACAUUGGAUGAGACUAAAGUCAUCUCGGCUCUGGAUGCAGCCAAGCCACGUCUGGAUGCUUGCCUUGAAGUGAAGAACCCUCCCAAGUGUGAGAGUGGUGAGCUUGAAGGCUCAGUUGUGAAAACACCUGGGUUUCUGGUGCCUGUACUUAUCGAUGCCACCAGUGACCUGACUGAGAAGAUUAUCAGGAGAAAGCAACUCUUGAGCAAGUGGAGAAUAGCAUGCAGAUUUUCUGGUCUUCAUGCUUCGGGGAGCCAUGAAAAGAAAGACGAUAAAGAGCAAGAUUCACUGAAUUCCCGUGGACUGCAGGAGGAGAAGGAGCAUGACCCCCUGCCAGAUGCAAAGUAUUUUCCAUCCUGGGGUCAUCCUGAUUCAUCUGACUCAACAGAACUUCUUGGAACUGCUGUUUCCCCAUCAGAUGAGACUAAAGUCAACUCUGCUCUGGAUGGAACCAUGGAGGACGAGGAUAAAGACGCCUUAAUUAAUUGCCACAUAUUACAGGUGCACUCGGGAGAGUGCGACCAAGGGGAACGAUUCUGA